UCCUAGAUCAGGUUUCGUUUUGACCGAAAACGCCCGAAAUUCCCGCUGUUGUUAUUUUCGGGCCAGUGAGCUGAUACUAGAUCUGUGUAUCAAAUAUGUUCUGCUCUGUAUUUAUCGAAUUGAAUAGCGAUGUCAUUUUAUUUGAUGUAAUUUUACUUUCAAUUUCAUGUCACUAUGAUAAAAUAUUAUUUUUGGGAAACAUUUUAUGAACACGUUAUUUUUUCACCGCUUCUCAUUGGCUCAUCGCUCUUUACGUUAAAUGUACUGACUUUAGCCGAGGUGAACCAGUCCCAUAAAGCAUUGCGAACGUAACCGGCUCCAAAGAUUUCAAGAAUGACACUUGAAAAAGAAACAAAUUAUAUUCUCCGGCGACGAAUGUUCAGAUAAUUCCAGAAGAGACUCACUUUAUAAGGAUUGACUUCAUAAAAAAAGCAUGUCACAACGAAUCAAAGAUGUCAUGGCUCUGUGUUGCGAGUUAUCUGCGAACCAGCAGAUAAAGACCACUGUAAAGGGGUCUUCCAAAGGGGCAGCGACGGCAGGAGGACUGGCCUUUGCAGGAGGAAUGCUUGGAGGCCCGCUGGGCAUUGCUGUUGGCGGUGCUGUGGGUGGCCUGCUGGGUUGUUGGCUGACCAGCGGACAGUUCAAGCCACUGCCCCAGAUCAUCAUGGAACUGAGCCCGAUGCAGCAGGAGAAGCUCUACGACGACGUCAUGUCCAUCAUAGGCGACGUCCAGUGGACAGACGUGGCUCAGCUGACUGCCCUGGUCAUGGGCAGUGCCAGCUUAAAGCAGCAGGUGACUGCUGCACUCCUGGGUUAUGUUACCAAGGAGCUCCAAGCCGAGGUGCAUUAUGUGGACUGACAGGGCCUUGGUGGGAGGACCAUUUAUCAGAGGGGACUUCUCUUAAGUUUAUUUUAUUUGUUAUACUUUUUGUUCUUCAAAGCAGAAUGGAAAUUAUGUUAAUUCACUUGGAGGAUUUUAGAAGGAAGGACAAUACUGUACUUUUAAUUGGAGCUGUUUGUACUCAACGAUGAAGACCCAAGGAAGGGGAGGACAUGCAAAUUGAACAUCAUGGAUUUUUGUGCCUACUAUUUUUCCUGUGUGAUUAUGCAUGAACUAACUGUAUUAGAAUUUGGAAAAUUGUGUGAAAAUAUAUACAACCAAUAAGUUAUUUAAUCAGUUAACGAUGAUGUCCUUCCGUUUGUCGCUCAUAUCUGAGAAAGUUCUCACUUACCUAGUAUGUUUUUUUUUUUUCCUGGACUGGUGUGCAGUGGUGUUAUAUAGCUUCAGGAAUCCUGUCUGCAAGGUCAUAGCACAUUCAACAAUUCCACACAUUUUGCCAUCUAUUUGGUGCCAAAGUCAAAUGUGUUUAAACUUGUUGAACUGGGCUCCACACUGAUGCACUUGCUUGUCAGAAUGUAUAAAUCAGGCAGUUGGGUUUCUGGAUGCUGGUUGGCUGUAAAGUUAUUUUACACAUUAAACUUAGCAGUUAGAAACCUGAAUGCUGAUAGCCAUGGUAUAUGAGACUAUACCACAGGUAUGACAUUAAAUCACUCUUUACUGCUCUUAUUGGAUUGGUAACCGGUUCAUAAUAGCAAAAAGGCAUCAUGUUGUUUGUGGUAUAUUGUUAAUAUAUCAUGGCUAAGUGCUGUGUCUAAGGACUCUGAAAUGCAUCAUGCUAAGACCAGCACUUAGCUGUGGUAUAUUGCCAAUAAUCCCCAACUUUUUUGGAUCUUAUCUCUGAAAUAUAUCCAUCAUACUUGUUUGGAUGUUACUAUCACCAUUGACUAGAGAUCAGUUCAUAUCUGCUGUUGUUGCAUUAAAUCAAUUAUGAACAUUUUCAAAAAUGAAAAAGGAGUCUGUGAUAAA